CUCAAGUUAGCAAAUCCAAAGAAAUCUCUUUCCCCUUGAACACAUACCACCAUUUCCAUCCACCACCACCAUCACCGUUGUCUCAACAAGCAACCAUCUUCCCAUCUUCUUAGUACUCCGCUCCUCGUUUAACCAUGGAGGGGCGGGAGUAUUCUUCCACAGACGACAUCUAUUCCGAGAACCACAACGUUAUAUCUAGUUCAGAUGAUGAAGAGGAAGAUGAUCUCCUAGACUCGUAUAAUGGAACGUAUGUAAUCCAAGUCCCAAAAGACCAAAUCUAUCGUGUCCCGCCUCCAGAAAACGCAAUAUUUGCUGAAGCUAGACGCAUUGCUGUCCCUGAAAAAACGAUAUGUUUUUCAUUAAAAUGUGUAUUACUCUAUGCUCUCAUUCUUUCCUUGAUUAUCACUUUCAUAACGGGGAUUAGUUUAGCCAUUGCCGAUACAAAUGACCCUAUUUUUCGUAUUAGACGUAUACAUGUCACAACAAAAGGAAAGGGUGAUAACAAACACCAUGAGUUUGAGUUCACAUUAAGAUCAAAAAACACUAACAAUCGUGCGGUCUUGUCCUUUAAAAAAGGCGGAAAAGUUUCAUUAUCGUAUAGAGAAAGACGUAUAGCUAAAGCUAAAUUUCCAUCAUUUGAACAAGAUACCAAUUCUUUUGAGAGCAUGAAUUUAGAGCUAGAAAGUGGUUCCGGAAGGAGAUUACCUAAGGUAGUACAGAAGAGCAUAAAUGGUACCUCUUAUGCACCUAUUAGGUUGUCAUUAGGAUUUAAUGUUCCGUUAAGCUUUAAUGUUGGGGUGUUUACGGUUAAGAGCAAAAAAUUAUCCAUAGUAUGCAACCUUAAAGUAAACAGGUUAGGAAAGUACACUCGAAUUUUGUCUCAAGAUUGUGAUUAUUCAACUAACUAG